AAUGACGGCCAAAAGGGACGCUUUCAAAGCACAGCUCGAUGCAAGGGACUCGGAGAACUCGGGUACCCAGAAGGAGAAACAAGGACGUAGAAAUACCGAUGACCCUAAACCAAGCCAGGGACGCCAACUUACAUUUGCCGAAUGCAGCUCAUCCACCGCCUCUCGCCGAUCAGAUGCAGUACCAGAAGCGGGAGCAUCGACCUCAGCAUCUGUCGCCGACCCUACGCCCUCCGACGUGCAAGUAUUCAGCGAUGACGAGGUCGACUUCGAAGAAAUAGGUGACUGGAUUACCUAUCCAGCAUCUACAGGCCAGAGCACUGCAGCUGCAGCAUUGAGCGAGUUUCCCGCCAGUUCGAGUCAGCCGGCGCAGUCCACAGCAGCGGCUGCUCCUGUGAUCAACGUGUCGGCGAUACCCAGCUCGUCCGUCGCAUCUUCGACUCCUAGUUCAAGCCAGCUGGCUCCGUCUACAGCAGCCACUUCGACCGUGAGCUCGAGUCCGCCGGUUCCGUCUCCGACACCCGCUCCUCCAGAAAUCAACGAGUCUGACAUACCCGGCGAGACUGUCUACGAGGAUAUACCCCGCCGUUUGACGCCUGGGCGACCAGUUCGUCCCGGCGCCGCCCCCUCCGGAUUCAUGUCAGGGAGUACUAGCCGCGUGUUCGGUCCCGAGCUGCGGGAGCCUACCAAGCUUCCGACCGUUGACCAAUCCACUUCGACCCCGGGGCCACCAGUCAAGGACGCAUAUUUUGAACUAUACAAAGGUUCCCUCACAGAGGCACGGAACAGUUCGAAGAGCACGUUGGACGGUGCGAAGAACACACCGGACGAUCCGAACACGGUGGACGGCGAAAGCAGCACGCCGGACGAUCCACAGAACACGGUAGUUAGUUCAAAGAACACGGUGGACAGCCCGCAGACAAGCAAGCCCCGCCGGGGGAGACCACCCGGUUCCAAGAACAAGAAGCCUGCCCAAAAACCAGCCGCUACACCGACGAAACAAGGCGGUGGACCGCUACGAGAAUCUUCGCAGACUCCCGCCGCCGGGACCAGGAAACGGAAAAGGGGGGCGGAAACAGAAAAGCCACAGAAAGCCCCCCGACUCCCCGAUGCAAUCAUGCCAGCCACGCCACCCGCCUUUGCUCCAAACGUGGAAGCACCAUCACCACCAGUAGCCGGUGAAGAUGCAGUUACGCAAGCCCAGCCACCAACCCCAGAUGAGGCGUCGACAUCGCCAGUCGCCACUGAAGAAGGUAAUGCUACGCCAGCUCAGCCACCUGCUUCUGCUCCUGCUCCAGCCGUGGCAGCACCGCCACCGGCUGGCCCAAGGAAAAACCGUCGAGCCAACCCAAGAUCUCGCACCACACGCUUCCUUCGCGGUGCCGGAAAGCUCUGCGCAAUUCACCAUGGCUGCGAAGAAGCAGUUAUUUAUCGACGACGAGGGAGGAUCCGGCAAAUCAACAGUCGACGGCUCACCCGCCACGGCUUCCCCAGGUCCCACGUCGAGCUCGGAGAUGCGGAGCACAACCGCAGUGUCGAGCACGGACAAGGCUGGGUCAGGGGAGGACAGCGGCAGCAAUGGCACUCCAGCACCAACCGCCAAGUCAGCGGCAUCUGUGGGGACGGAGUAGGUCGCUUCUUGUUGUUGGUGGAAUUCGUAGGGGUUCUUUCUUGUGGGAAGCAGCAGUGGUAG